GUGCCUUCGCAAGCAGAGUUGCUCAGCGCUGGGGGAGAUUCAUGUCGUAGCGGGAUUUUGCGCAUUCAGCUCAAUCCCCUACCCCUCGAGGCCGGAUUUUGGAAGCCACGUUUGGGGCUGGAAGCAUUGGGAGAAUCGUCUCGAGUUGGUUGUGGGUUCGUUUCCUGGUGGCAAUAAGCCAUGGCAGCAGUCAUGAGCGCUCAGGCUAUGGCAGAUGCUGUGAGGGUCGUCAGAGCGUCCAUCUCAGAGCUGGGGAAGAGCGCGAAGAAGAGUGACGCGUUUUCCGCAAGGGAUUUGAAGAGCAGGUCAGGGUUUACCGAGAGUGUGGAUAGAUUGGGGUUGGUGAAUUUGCAGGUGCAAGCGAGAAAGAAGAGGGUGAGAGGAUUGAGACUGGUGCCAACUAGAGUGGUCUCUGCUAUAGAAGGUUCGAAUUCUACGACAGCGGAUGCUCCUGUCGACGAGGACGUACUAGCUUGGACAAAAGCUUAUCGAGCAGAGAAUUCCACUGCAAUUACUAGAGAUGAAACUCUUAAAAGUAAUGCGCAAAGUGCGCUACAAUGGAAGUGUGUUGAGACGCAAGUGGAAGGUGAGCGUCUUCAUUACGGUCGAUUUGCUGUAUCCCCAUUUAGGUCUGGUCAAGCGAACACUGUUGGAGUAUCAAUGCAAAAGGCAUUGUUAGGAGAAGUGGAGGGCGCAGCUGUCUCUUGCGCAACUUUCAAAAACGUGAAGAGCGAGUAUGCUGCGAUGAAAGGCGUCGAAGAAACACCGAUGGACAUAUUGGUAAACUUGAAAGAGCUUGUGAUCCGCAGUGACUCUGAUGAGCCUCAGAAAGCAAUCAUCUCUGCAAUUGGGCCAGGGCCUGUGACUGCUGGGGAUAUUGUUUUGCCUCCCUCUCUCGAGGUAACCGAUCCAACUCAGCACAUCGCUUACCUGACUAAAGAAGUUUCUUUAGACAUUGAGUUGGAUGUUGAGAAGGGCUGUGGUUACCGCAUGGGUGAUCAUACCAAGUCUGGGGACGGACGCUUUUACAUAGAUUCUGUGUUCAUGCCGGUUCGUAAUGCGAACUAUAGUGUUCAUUCUUACGAGAGUGAACCUGACGUAACGCAAGAAAUCUUAUUUCUUGAGAUAUGGACAAAUGGCAGUAUAACUCCGGAGGAAGCUCUUCACGAAGCUGCUCGUUGCCUGAUAGAUUUAUUUCUUCCCUUCUUGCAUCCUAAAAAGAAAGAAGUUACUAACUCUGCUACGAAGAUGCACAAGUCGUUCACCAUGUCUCAGUUUAACUCGUCAGCCGAGAUGAGUGCGAAGGAGGUCGAUCUUAGACAUGUUUAUGUUGAUCAGCUGCGAAUUCCUUCUAAAGCCUACAACUCCCUUAAACGAGCUAACAUCAAUACUGUGUCGGAUCUGCUGGACUACACACAAGACGACUUGCUGAGCAUACCUAACUUUGGCAGGAAAUCUGUUGAUGAUAUUUUAGAAGCUCUUCAAGCACAGUUCUCCAUCGACCUACCUGAGAACAAUCCAUUAUGCAAUUGAAGAAGAGCAUUGUAAUAGAUCCACCGUGCAGUCCUUGUAUCCGCAGGGAAGCAUGCCGCCAAGUUGCCGCGGUAUUACAAAUUCGGUCUCUGGUAUGGCUGGAGAAAGACAAGCCUACCAGUAAGGGCUACCAGUUUCAAACAGCGCUUUGCUUUUUGCGGGGACACAAGGGCCUUUUGAGGAAGAGAAUGUUCUGGAGCAGGUGUUGUGGCUUAAUAGUUUCAGCUGGUAGAUGGCCUCUCCGUUAUUUUGCAGAGCUUCUUACGUGCUUUAGGUAGAAUUUUAGAUUACAGGUCAAGGUGAGAGUUGCAUGAGCAGUCGGACCUUCUCCGGAUUCUUUGUAAACCAACACGUCGAUGUUUAAGCAAGUUACUGGUGAACGCUUCCAAAGGA